GGUGGAGGUUUGGCAUCUUGUGAGGCGCGGUUGCAGCUCGGAGUCACACAGCACGGCAGACACGGGACAGGUAAAGCGAAGGUUGGAGUCCUCAUUACCAAUAAUGUCGAACACUGGACUUAUUCAGCACCUCCGCAGCCCCCCUCAACCCCCCACCCCGAUACUAGCUUGUUCAAAGUUGGUUCUUUGUGCCAUGCCCAUUGCUCAGAUUGCAAUUGGUACAGUAUAUCUGCAUGACUGCCCGCAGGAGGACCACAUCCCCAUCUAUCUGAUAGUGCUGGGAGUCUUUAGCCUGACGCUGACGCUGCUCUCCUGCCUUCCCUGCGCCAAUGAGCCCAAAGACGGCACCACCAACCCGCUUAGUCGAGUCUGCACGGCCUGGAACUCCUUGACGUCUUUCUUCCUCUUCUGCUGGUUUAUUGCUGGUAAUGUGUGGAUCUACUCUAUUUACCAGCCCAACUACAACAAGAACACGACAACCGUGGAGCCCUACUGCGACAGGACGCUGUACCUGUUUGCCUUCUGGACCACCACCCUGGUCUACAUCCUCCUCGGCCUGUUCCUGUUCUGCGGCUGCUGCGUCCUCGUCUGCUUCUACCUGUGUGGCCGAGCCGACCCCGACGACAACAUCUGAAGACGAACAGACGGACAGGGAGUCAGGUGCAUCUAAUGGGGCUGCACACGAUGCUGUUUGUGUUUCUGCUGCGCAUGUACCAAAACCCAAGAGGCACUUUCCUGUUGUGGGAUGCUGUGGGAUGGACGGCGGCACAGUUCACAAUGCAGCGGUCUUUCAGUCUUUGUUUGAAUGUCUAAUGUUAAAAUGAAAAUUAAUGUGACUGUUUCAUACUUACACACAAGAAUAAUCUGUCACCGCCUUCUUUUUGGCAGCCCCGGACGGUACAUGCUUGAGUCUGAGACGCUCCAGAUUUUACUGAUUAUGAACGAUGUCUGUAACUGUUUCUUCAAUGCUGAGCCCUUCCUACGUCUGCAGAAGCUGCUUUGCAUUCUGUUACCAGGAGUUUCUCCCGCCAUCCUUCCAAAAGAUAAAUGAGACGCAUUGUUUACAUGUUGAGCUGUAAUUUGUACAGUAGUUACUUUGUUUUUUACUUUCAUGCUCAUGAUUGUUGACGGUUUGUCUCAGGACUGCGCUCUAUAAAACACGUUCACAUUAGACUCAUGGAACCAGUCGUACUCCACAUGUUACCCAUCAUGCACUUUACUAGACAAUGAUUUGAUGACGUCUUAAGCAUAUAUGAAAUACGACAUGAUACCUAAUGCUGUGCUUUGUUUCCAACAGUUUUGAUGCUUCACUUUAUGGUUUCUAUUGUGUAACAUUUAUUCACAACACAGAUCACACUGUGUCAGAUGAGUUUCAUUCCUAUCAGAUACUAAAUAUUAAGGUAACAGACAGGUCAUCAUGAUAGAAAGACAUGUUGUAUUUAUCAUCUGCAGAAUUAAAAGAGAAAAAUGUG